AUGGGUCUCACGAAGUCGGAAACCUUUGAAUGGCACCAUGCAGGCUCUUCCACUGCCUUGGAGUCCGGCAAAACAACAGUUGAGGAGGCAAAAGCGGAUAUCGACGAAUUGUACAAGACCGGCAAACCGUUCUUUCCCAGGGAAAAAAUCCAAGACCUCGAAAAGCAGAUGAAUGCUUUGGCCGACAAGGGAGGUAAACUCACAGUCGAGGACCUGAACGGUGAUAUACUCGAGUGUGUGGUACCAAAGGCUGAAGGGGAGCUUGAAGGCUUCAAACUUAGGUUGGAUUACCGGGACGCAGCAACACUCAAAUAUGAGAUAGACAUUGGGUGGUCUUCAAGAAAAGGGCUGAAGGCUGAGGCUUUCUGCCCCCUGCAGCUGAUCUACGCAAUCUAUUAUGUAGAAGACGACCCGACCCGCAAGCCUGAGACUGUGGCUCGGGAGUUCGAAGCGAACACACAGGUGUGGGAGGCAAGUGAAGCUUGCGAGAACUUCAAAAAGACAUUGUUUCAGAACGCCAGUGGUCAUAAGAUCAACAGCAUUGUCGGGUUUGCCUGUGGUAGUCUAUCACGGCCAUACAAUCCUCACACUGACUUCCAGCACGCGCUCCUUAUCACCCUGAAGGACUGGCUGAAAAAGAAAGACCCGGGCAAGGAACUCUCUUGCUACAUCCAGGACGUGCUUAACACCUCGGCGGACAAAGAUUUCCUCGCCAAAUUCGGCUUUGAGGUGGUUGAUGAUCCGGCCGGCUGGUCCAAAGUCGAUGAGCAGUCAGUUGUGCUAUCUAUAGCACCUGAUGUGCCUAUCAAGCAGAUCAUCGCGGAAAAUGCUAGACCUGCUAUUGUGAUCUGGGUAAAGGAGAAAGAGGAAGAGGAAGAGAAAAAGGAUGAGGAGAAGAGAGCAGAGAGGGCGAAAGUGAGAGAGAGACAGAGGAAGGAGAAGAAGGAAGGGCUGAAUUUAGCCGAUAUACUCCCGCCCACUGGUACGGACCCUGAUACUUCCCGUACUCGAGAAAUGAUGAAGGGCUACGACAUGCAUGAACUCGGAGACUCUCAGCAUUUCCGGGAUGCUGUGAUCUAUAUCCGGAAGAUGUAG